AUGGCCGGAGCCAAGAAGAAGAAGAAGCCCGCGGCCAACCCGGCCAGAGGCUUCGCCACCACCUCCGUUGCAUCAUCCAAGCCUCGGACCGAGCCCGUUGAAGGGGCCGAAGCCACCACUGCCGCCCGGGCUGCUGCUGCCGCUGCCGCUUCCAAUUCAGAUGCACCGUCAUCCGAUCCUCAGUCUUCCUCAAACGGUGCUGGUGACAAAUCUGCCAAGACGGAGCUGAGCCCUGAGGAAUUUGAAAAGCAACUCGACGAAUCCGAAUUACAGCUCUUGGUUGAAAAGUACGCUCAAAAAACCAAGCGGGAUGCUCAACGCCAGCGCACGAGGCUUGAGACCGAUCGCCGCCUGCUAAGGGGCCAAGCCGAUACUGUCAACUCGAAGAAGUGGUUACCCCAAGAGUUGAUGGAUCAAGUUCUUGAUCUCAUCCAGGCCGAGAGUCGCUUUGCAUCGUCAAGUGUCUCCACAGAGACCUCUGCCAGCGGAAAGCUGCUUCCGGAAGAAGACAUGGUCAUCAAGCUGUGGACUCUUCAACAGACGCUUGCUAGUGUUGGCUUCCCCGAGGAACGGGUUCAAGCUGUGAUGCGACAUAUUUUAGACAUUGCGCCAAACAUACCGUCUUUUGCAAAGGAUAGCCUUUGGGGUCUUGAAGAGGCCCUUGACUGGCUGGCUAGAGAGUGCCCCAGCGAUGAGUUACCCGACUACGAGGGACGAGGAAAACAGGGCAUCAGGCAGCUAGAAACUCCGGCUGAGAGCCCCUUACCUUCAGGGGCCACAACCCCUUUACCUGAUGGACGCCAGAAGCCCGGUGUAGCAUCCAAAAACAGCGCCAAGAAGAAGGCCGUAGUGACUUGCGAUAUUGACCUUGAGCCAGAUGAGCUGGUUCCUGUUUACCUCGAAACAAAGACCAAAUUAUUCGAGCUUGAACGAAACCAGCCAGGAAGACGAAAGCAAAGCAGUAACAAGGCUGAGGCAAGCGAUGGAGCGGAUCUGCAAGCCGAGCUUCGCGCAAAGAUAGUCAAAAUCGAGAAGGACGUCCUCUUCGACAAGUUUGCCGCGGAGCAAGAGUGGAGGACCCGGAAAGCGGCCUUGGAGAAGGAGCUUGCAACCGCAAGAAAGCAACAGGCGCAAGAGGAAAAGGAGAAAGAGCCGCCCAAGGCGAUUGCCGAAGCAGCCGGGUCUUCUGGUGGAGAUGUCAACGACGCGGCCGAACGCAUCGCUGCUGAGAUUCUGGCCCAGUCUGAUGAUGAUGACGAUGGCGGUCUUAGUGAUCUUUUCGCCAAUCUGCCUGUCACCGAAGUGGAUGCCACAGGCAAAUCGAGCACAGUACUCAACGGCACAGACGGUAUCAAGAUUACGAUUCGGGAUUUUGGGAAAUGGACUGGUGUCUCUCCCAUACGAGCUUUGGAAGAGGCAUGCAGAGCGAGAGACGCCUCGACGAGGAUCAAUUACCGCCUUAUUUCAGAGGUCCCGUUUGCCAACCGUCACUCCGUCUCUGUGGCCUGGACAAAGCCUCAAAAUGUCCCAUCCGCAUCUCAGGAUGAUAGCGUUGACGUCAUCACCAUCCCGUCAAGCUUCAACUUCAGCAUGAAGACCAUUGCAACGCCCGACAAGAAACAGUCAGAAGCCUACAUUGCAACAUGGGCCCUGUUCCACAUCUUCGGCACCUCAGCGAAGGAGGAGAAGGUUGGAAUGAGAUUGCCUCCUGUCUGGCGUGAGCUAUGGGAUGAGCUUGCAGAGGCCAGAAAAAGCCAGCUGGACUCCAUAGACCGGGAAGCGAUCAGAGAGUUACGAGAUCUCGUGCGUCAGAGACAGGACCAGGAGCUGGAAGAUGGUGUCAUUCUCCAAGGUGCUUUCAAGGGAAGGGCCGCUGCCCGUAAUCAGAACGAUAACAAGGACGAGGCCGCUCAAGAUGCCGCGAAGCGUCUCUCUAAUGGGCCCGAGUAUUAUCAAAAUAUUUGGGCGCAGAAGAUUAACACUCCCAGGUAUCAGGCCAUGCUCCAGUUCCGCAUGCAGCUUCCCAUGUGGAAUUUCAAACAGCAAGUCACGGAUGCUGUAGACAGAGAGCAAGUCGUCAUCAUCUGCGGAGAAACAGGCUGUGGUAAGAGUACUCAGGUGCCAGCUUUCCUCUUGGAGCACCAACUGGCCCAGGGGAAGGCAUGCAAGAUCUAUUGCACUGAGCCGCGGCGAAUUUCCGCCAUUUCGUUGGCUCGCAGGGUCAGCGAAGAGCUCGGUGAGGGCCGUAAUGAUCUGGGAACGGCCAGGUCAUUGGUGGGCUACUCCAUCCGCCUUGAAGCGAAUACUUCUCGUGAAACGCGGCUGGUCUUUGCGACUACGGGUAUCGUUAUGCGAAUGCUGGAAGGUUCGAACGAUCUUCGUGAAGUCACUCAUCUGGUCCUGGACGAAGUUCACGAGAGGUCCAUCGAUAGUGAUUUCUUGCUCAUCAUCUUGAAGAAGCUGAUGCUGAGACGCAAGGAUCUGAAGGUGGUUCUCAUGUCGGCCACAGUCGAUGCCGAGCGAUUCUCCAAUUACCUCGGUGGAGCGCCGGUGCUUACGGUUCCCGGACGUACUUUCCCCGUUCAAGUCAAGUAUCUGGAGGAUGCAAUCGAAACAACUGGCUACACUGUUGGACAGACCCCUGAAGAGAAGAUGGUUGAUCUCGACGACGAUGUGGUCGAGGCGGAAGCGGAAGGCACCAAGUCCACAGUCGGAGCUGACCUUUCGGCUUACUCCCCCAAGACCAGGAACAGCCUUGCACAGAUGGACGAGUACCGAAUCGACUUCGACCUCAUUGUGCAGCUUAUUGCCAAGGUCGCCUCCGCGCCAGAAUAUAUCCCUUACAGCAAAGCGAUCCUCGUUUUCCUUCCAGGCAUCGCAGAAAUUCGAAAUCUGAACGAUCUCCUCUCUGGCGACCCUUCGUUUGUGCGUGACUGGCUAAUCUAUCCGCUGCACUCGACCAUCGCGACUGAGGAUCAGGAAGCCGCCUUUCUCGUGCCACCUCCCGGCACAAGGAAAAUCGUGCUUGCAACCAACAUUGCCGAAACCGGCAUCACGAUUCCUGACGUGACCUGCGUCAUAGACACGGGUAAGCAUCGUGAGAUGAGAUUCGACGAAAGAAGACAACUCUCCCGCCUUAUCGACACAUUCAUCUCCCGCGCGAACGCAAAGCAGCGUCGCGGAAGAGCUGGGCGCGUUCAGGAGGGCCUCUGCUUCCACAUGUUCACCAAGCACCGGCACGACACGGUCAUGAGCGACCAACAGACUCCCGAGAUGCUGCGUCUCUCACUUCAAGACCUCGCAAUUCGCGUCAAGAUUUGUAAAAUCGGCGGCAUUGAGGAGACUCUGAGCGAAGCUUUGGACCCGCCUUCUGCCAAGAACAUUCGCCGCGCUGUGGAUGCACUCAUCGAUGUCCGAGCCUUGACGCCUGCUGAGGACCUGACGCCUUUGGGUAAUCAACUCGCCAGGCUGCCUCUGGAUGUCUUCCUGGGCAAGCUCAUUCUGAUGGGUGCGAUCUUCAAAUGCCUCGACAUGGCCAUUACAGUAGCGGCCAUUCUGUCCUCCAAAUCACCAUUCACGGCACCGUUUGGCCAGCGAGCUCAGGCUGACCUUGUUCGCAAGGGCUUCCGUAGAGGAGAUUCGGAUCUUCUUACCGUAUACAAUGCGUAUCUUGCAUGGAAGCGCGUAUGCCAGUCGACCACUGCUUCUGGUGGCAAGGAGUUUCAAUUCUGUCGGAAGAACUUCCUCGCUCAACAGACCUUGGCCAACAUUGAAGACCUCAAAGGCCAGCUGCUGGUCUCGGUAGCAGACUCUGGCUUCCUCUUGCUGACUGAUGAGGAGAGAAGAGCGCUCAACAGAGUACGUUAUGGGUCCAAUUCGCGAGGACGACGUCAUCAGAGCUUCUUUGAUAUCCCUCAACGUGUAAGCAUCAACAGCGAAAACGAUUCCAUCACAACGGCGGUCAUUACAUGGAGCUUCUAUCCAAAACUUUUGGUUCGUGAGAACCCAGGAAGCCGGGGUCUGCGCAACAUCGGCAACAACCAGUCAAUCAGCCUGCACCCGUCCUCUGUCAACAAGGGACACAAUGAGCUAAAGUGGCUGUCUUACUACCACAUCAUGCAAUCAAAGAGGCAAGGAUCCUUUGUUAAGCCUGUAGAGUCCAUGUACAAGAAGCUAACAUGCAUCAAUAGUGUAUAUCAUGCACAUGAGACAACGGUGGCUGACCCCUUUGCUAUUGCUCUCCUGUGUGGUGAUGUUCGUGCCGACAUGUUCUCUGGCGUGCUCGUCCUUGACGGCAACCGCUGCCGAUUCGCGCUGCCUGAUUGGAAGACGAUGCUUGUCAUCAAGGUUCUCCGUACCAGGCUUCGGGAGCUCCUCACUCGCUCCUUCAAGCAACCUGGCAAAUUGCCAACAGCUCAGCAUGAAAGAUGGCUGGCGAUUUGGCAAAAGAUAUUCUCCCAGGAGGUUAACAAGGAGAAUGUCAGUGCGACUGUCAGCAAAACAUAG